CCGGAUAAUCGAGAAAUCCGGAUAAUCGAGGUACGGACAAUCGAGGUUCGACUGUACUAAUAAUAUUUACUGAAUAGCGUCAGUUUAACCAUUCGAGCACACCUCAGAGAGCCAAAAUAAGAACCGAUGAUUGUGAUAGAUGGAUGGUGAAGUCUGGGGCAGAGUUCAGAAAAACGCGCGAAAUUAUGACUAAUCGAGCUGGUCUGGGGACGAAAUUGGAGAAGAAACAUGGCGACCAAGAUGUCACUCGAACAAGAAGGUGCAUUGUAUGACCUUCAAAGACUGCAAGAAAGAGCUGACAGACGCAAUGCUGAAUACGAAGAUGCCAAACAAGAGAACGCUGAACUUGUUGACUUGAAAACUAAAGUGGAAAAACUGAGAGAAAGGAGAGAUAAACUCCGUGAAAGACUUAAGCAUGGUCCUCAUGAAAUUUUGCAAGAGUAUUUGAAAAUGGGUCAGUCAUCGAGAAGGAAGUAUACAGAUACUUCUAAACAGGUACACAUAAAGAGUAAAGCCUGGUUCACACUAACGACAUAACGACAUCGACAUAACAACAUAAAGAAAAGAUCAGUACUAUCUUUAUGUUGUUAUGUUCAUGCUAUUAUGUUGCUAAAUAUGUCAUUGUGUCUACAUGUUCACACUACAAACAUAACGUCCUUUUUACGUCAAGAUAACAUCCUUUUUAUGUCGUUGGAGACGAUGUUGUUAUACAGUAAAUGGUUUGAACCCAGGAGUAUCAGUAGUUCGUAUAGUGUGAUCG